CAACCCAUCGUCCCUGCACGCCGCGCCAUCUGCUUCGACAUGCCUUCCACCGAAACCGAUUCUCCAGGCGCGUCUACCAACGCCGUCCAACACCCUGAUGCCUCUGCCCCUGCCAACCCCGACGGGUCGCAGCCCACACCUGACGCCAACGGCCUGAUACGCGAAGGAAAACUCAAGGCGAAAGCCAUGCUCGCCGCUUCGGGCGUCAAUGUAGAUGGCAAUAACACAGACACCUCCAAUGCGCGCGCCGAUGUGGGCUCCGCGACCCCAGAAGGCGCGUCACCGAGUCGCAAACGAUCACGCUCCGGCUCCCGCAGGCCCUCUCAUCCGAGUGCUGAAGACCGGCGAGCGCAAAAACAAAAGGGGGAGCUCUUCCGGAUGAUCCAGCGCGAUUUAUCUGGCUCCGCAGCUGUAGUAGAGCGGGAUACUCUGGCGGGGGAACUCAUUAAAGAACUGAAGAGUGAACAGAGAUAUUAUCAAGAGAUCCGCCAACACAAUCCCGCCCACGUCUUUGGUUACGGGUACUCUGGCUACGGCAAUGGCGUCACCGAUGCACCACGCGGGGGCUUUGCCCUCCAGUAUCCUGACCAACGCCGGCCACCAGGCAAUCGAAACGCAAGGAGGCUUCACUUGAAUAAAGAACAAAUCACAGCCCAGUCCAGCCAAAUAGAAGAGCUGGUCCCCGUGCGCUUGGACAUUGAGCUGGACAAGAUCAAGCUUCGGGAUACUUUUACAUGGAACCUGCACGAUAGAUGGACAACAACGGACCUUUUCGCAGAACAUCUGGUGGAAGAUUUCCAACUCCCACUGGAAAUACGAGAUCAUGUCAAACAGAAAAUCAACCACGAGAUCCAAGAACAGAUCACCGACUUCUACCCUCAUGCGUAUUUUGACGAGGACUCGCUCGACCCUCAUUUACCGUAUUCGGCAUACAAGAAUGAUGAGAUGAGAGUGCUCAUCAAGCUUAACAUCACCAUCGGCCAGCAUACUCUAGUCGAUCAGUUUGAGUGGGAGAUGAACAAUCCCCUGAACUUACCCGAAGAGUUUGCUGCUCAAAUGGCGGCUGAUCUGUCCCUAUCAGGGGAAUUCACGACUGCUAUUGCGCACUCCAUACGCGAACAGUGCCAAAUGUUCACAAAGAGUCUCUACAUUACAGGGCAUCCCUUUGACGGGCGGCCCGUUGAGGAUGUCGACAUUCGGGAUAACUUGCUUCCAUCUCCAAUUCCAUCGGUGUUUAGACCAAUGCAGUCGGCAAAGGAUUACACGCCCUACCUGUACGAGUUGAAUGAGGCCGAGCUGGAGCGCGCCGAACUCUCCAUCAUGCGUGAGCAGCGCCGCCAAAAGCGUUCAGUCAAUCGUCGGGGUGGCCCGGCUUUACCAGAUCUUAAAGACCGACAGCGCACGGUUCGGACAUUGCUGGUGUCCUCUGUGCUACCUGGGGCAGCCGAAACUCUUGAAGAAAGCCAUCUUUUCAAAGCUGUGCGGAAAGCCAGAGAAGGCCGUCGUCGUGGUGCCGACGAGGAUUCUAGCGAGUCAGACAGUGAUGAUUCCAUCACGGAUUCGCCUGCGCCUGCUCAACUCACGGGAGGUACGGCUCGGACGAGAGGCAUGAGGGGUGCGGCAUCUGCAGCACAAGCAGCCAUGCGGUCAGCCGUGGGGAGAUCGGCAACACCAGAAAUCACAUCUUUGCAACAACAACAUGAAGCCAGGACCGCACGACAGCUACGAUACGACGCCAGAGAAGAAAGCGUUGCAACCGAGCCCAACAGUCUCGUUGUGAAACUCCGUAUAUCUCCUGCUAAGCUAAAAGAAUGGGUGAAAGAUCCAAAGGCCUUCUCAAAAGCAGCCUCUUCAACACCUCUUAUGGCACCUACCCCUCCUCCUGCGCGUAAUGCACCUAGCACCAGCUCCAUGCCUCCACCACCAUCUCCAGCAGUACCCGCACGUUCCACUCCUGCCCCAGCAAUGUCAUCUGCAGAAGACUCACCGAAACCACCACCCACUCCCAGUCCAGCUCCCCAAUCUUCGCAAACAUGGAAGUACACGGGAGACGGUCGAGCAGCCACGACAUGGCCAGCUCCUCCAUCAAAUCAACAUGCCCCUCCUCCUCCUUGGCUCCAAGAGGCUCUCCAGGACCUGCGCGAGAGCAAUCCAGGUGAAAUGUUUGAAGCCACUAUGCGCUAUUCAGUCGUAGAUACAGAAAAAGGCAACUCCGUCAAACUCGAUACCCUGUCCGCGAAUUCAUCGCUACCUCCAGGCUACAAGGCAUUCUUUCUGCCUCGCAUUCGCUGCAAUGACUGCCCUGGGAAGCUAUAUAAUGCAGGCCCUGACCACACCGUGGGCAAUUUUCAGAUGCACCUUAACAACCGGGUUCACAGGAGCAACGUGGAGAAGCGCACGACCAGAACCAGCUCUUGA